UCGUAUAGAUCAGUUAAUAAAAAUUCAAUGUGUUUUUAUCGAUAGAAAUACAAUAUAAUAUGCGUUGUAGUUUAAAUCUUUCACGCUAGAGUACGAUUUUGCUGGAGUUCUCUUUUUGAAAAGAUGGCUUGUAGCGCGGCAACGCCUCUUCACGGCCCGGUUCUCCGAUCAUCGACCAUUCACUGACGUUCGACCACACAUCGAGAUUUCAAAUGUUAUCCUCCACAACGCUGGCGGCAUGUCGUGUUUAACGUAUUCUUUUACCGAAAUAGAUACGCAGUGGUGCAGUAUAUUCCGAAUAACGAGCAAUACAAAAUUAAGAGUUGGUCCUUUUACCAAAAAUGGCUGAUCGCUAAAUUUGUUUUAUGUAUAUGUAUUAAUACAUGGUGAAAAUUGUGUGAGAGGUGUAAAUAACCUAACGUGAUAUCGAUCGUGUAAAACGCGCGUAAAUAUGCCGCGUACCAAAGCAUCACCAAAAAAGUGCGUCAAAACAACUAAUUCGUAUCCAGGUACAAAUACGUGGGUUUUUCUUAUGAAAGGUGAUGGCUUAGAUAGUACACAUGGAGGAAUACCCGAUGUAAUUAAAUUAAGACACCCAGCUUCGAAUCAGCCUGCUAUGUUUGUGUUUAGUCCUGGAAACCUAACUGUACAAGAAGUUUUAACAUUUGAUGAGAAUAAAAGAUCGUGGUUUAUAGAUGACAAUGUGAAGUCUGAUGGAAAAAUGCAUUUGUCUACUCCUAUCGAUCCAAUAUUUUUAGUACUACCUUACUUAAGAAAGUCUCAACAAGCACAACCGUUAGACCAAUGUCUUUGGGAUGAAGAUUUUCCAGAAACAUCUCGUCUUGCCCAAUGUCAGAGUUUAAAAUUAACAUUAAUAGCUGACCGUAAAGGAGACGAAUCGUUGCAAGCUUAUAAAUUUAACGAAGAAAAGGCAUUGAUCUGGUUACAAAAAAAAGUAGAAAGAGUAUCCGAUGUAUUAAAGCAGAAGGGUAUUCAUGUAUCACAGGGUGCUAUUAGCGCUUCUUACAUUAAAAGUACUAAGCUUGAGAAUGCAUCGGAAGUGGAAUAUUUAAAGUAUGCUCAUGGUAUAGUAUCAGAAUACCUUUCAGAAGAUCUAUCUAAAAAGUUAGCACAACAUUUAAAUAUACCAGAUGAAACAGAAACUAAGAAACGAAAAUUACAUAGUCCUAAGGAUGCUGUUGGUGAAAAAAGGUCUAAGAAAGAUACAACUGAAAAUGAAUCAAUAUUAAAACCAAAAGUUCCUGAUUUGACAAAAUCAGAAAAGCCUCAAAAAGCAACUAUUGGUAAAAAGGAAUUAGCCAGGCAAAAAGCAGCAGCUGGAUCCAAAAAUAUUUCAACUUUUUUCAAAAAAAAAUAAAGUUUAAAUGGUUGUAGAAUGUUACAGCACUGCAAACUUUAAAGAUUUGGAGUAUUGUAAUGUAUAUAUAUGAUUUAUAAAAGUAUGAUUUUCACCAUCGUCAUUGUAGAAAUAGAUGCAAAAAUAAUAUGUAAACGUAUGUAGAACCACUUGUCAAAUAGUUGUUUAAAUAAUAGAGAAAUCAUUUUUUUUAUACUUUA